GAGCUGAAAGUGAAGCAACAUUUGAAGUUCCAACCUUGUUUGAUUUGAUUUUUUUGGUCUCCUCUUUCAUUCGUAUCGUUUGGCUGUUGGGCGUCAUAGGUAGCGGUGCGAGCAAUUGCUUUGGCUAAUAGUGAAAUUGUUUAUAUUGCUGCAAGUGUUGAAAUUUUUACUUGCUAAUUAAAUUGAGUACGCAAUAUUGAAUUUGCAUGCGAAGGCGUUUGUCAAGGGAAAAAGAAGUAAAAAAAUAAAAAAUUCAUUAACACCUGUAAACAAGUAGCAAGCUGCGACAAGUGAAAAUGCGCCGCACUACAACUGGCUUAACGCCUACUCUCGUCUUGUUGAUUUUGGCUGCCAGCGCACAGGCCGGACUUGUGCAUAGACAAAAUCGACAUGCGAAUUCGAUUGCAGUCACCGCACCAGAAUUGGGGACAGAGAGUCUGAUACCAGUACAAAUUAUAACAGACGGCCUGCAGUUGGAUAACGAAAAGGUCAAGAUUCAGUCAGAGCCCCAGCAGGCGGUCAAAACUGAAGAGCUGAAGACGAGUCUGGGAACGGAAGCAGUGCCAGCACCAGCGUUCGCACCUGAAGUGAUUGCCGAGAAAAUCGUGGAGCCUACUAACACCGUCGACAGUUUGCAAACUGUGGAUGCUUUGCAGGACGAACAAAUUAUUAAGCAGGAAAUCACACAGGCGAUAGUCGAAGAAAAUAAGGAGCUAUUACAGGCAGCUGCCAUUGCAGAGAAGGGAUCAGAGCUGCCGAGUGUCGGCCAGCCGCAGCAAUUUCUCAAGCAAGCACAGGAAAUCAACACCGAGUUGAAAAAUGGCGUGCCUGCCGCCGCUGAUGCUGAUGCUGCUGCCGCUGCCGCCACCUAUUUCAGUGCCCCUGACCUACCGGUUGCCGAGCCCAACUCGGCUGAGGCAGCGAUUGGCAGCGAUACUUUAAAAUCUGCUUCACUGAUCGUUGACCCUUUGCCCGCUGAGUCCCAGAACGCCAUAGCUGUACAGCAGCUGGUAUCGAAUGAAGCCGCCGCAGUUUCCGUUUCUGCUAACGAUGAGUCUGCCACCGCCAAUGAAGUACGUCAAGCUGCAGCUGUUGCCGCAGCUACUCAAGCCACACCCACGCAAACCACCACACAGCAAAACUUUGUGCAACAGCUUAUACAAAACUCGCCGCUCGGUCAGUUCUUUGGACAAUUAACCGGCCAGCAGCAACAGCAGCAAUUGGCUGCGCAAAGCGCUCAGGUAGCUGCCGAUCAGCCUGCCACGCCCGCACCCACCUUGCCCGGCUUCCUUAAUCCACAGAACGCAAUCACGCAAGUACAAAACGCUGCUCAGAGUGUUGCCAACGCCACGGCACAGGCCCUCCAGGGCGUACAGCAAUUCGCCACCAGUUUGGGUAACCAGUUUCAGAAUACUCUCUCCAGCUUGGGCGGUCAGCAACAAACCUUGAGCACCGCCGACUCGACCACACCGCGUCCGCCUGGUCCCAUACAGUCGCUAAUUAGUAAUUUUGUUGGCGGCAAUCCACAAGCUGGCGGUGCAGCAGCUGCUGGCAGUGACACACCCAACCCCGCUCCAUCUCAACCACAAGGACCUCUUCAAGGUAUUAUAACCUUCUUGCAAGGCGGCAAUCGGCCGCAAGCCGAUGCUAGUGCAAGCGGUGGCGCUGCUGUCGUUGCACCCGUUCCUGCUGGCUCCAUUAUAGCAGCAGCAGCAGCACCAGCAGGUGCGUCAUCAGAUAGCGUGAACAAAGAAGAGUUGACUGAUGCUGCAGUGGCCGAAGAACAAGCGCAGAUUGAUCAGACUGAUAAUGAAGUGCGUAACAGCGCUGAAGUUGGGGAGGACUCAUUGGAAGACAGCAAUCCUGAUCAGUUUAUAAUUGUGAAUGAUGACGGCAGCGAGCUGAAUCAGAAGGAGCACGAAAAGGUGACGGCGGUUGUGGCUUAGUUGGGAAAAAAUGUGCUAAAUACGUAAUUAAUAUUAGCCGUUUAGAUUGCAUUUUUCAUUGCCAUUCGAUAAAUGUCGUUAAACGCGCGUUGGAGAUUUUAUCAACUAAGUCGCGAAGACUGACUAAGCGCCAUUCGAUAUGAUCAUUUUCGCAACAUUUUUUUUAUUUAUAUAAAAAUUUAUUUUAAUUUAUAAACUUAGUUUAUACGCUAAAUAUCAUUGUAAGUCCAUCAAAUUCUAUUUAUUUCACACAUGACUGUACUUUUCAACGAAAGUCAAUAUCUAAUAAAUUCAAAAGAA